GUCUCCUUCUAUCAGACCUUCAACAUCUCAAGAGCAUCAUCACCAUGUUGCCGCUAGCACUUCUUCUGGUCUUCCUUAACAGUCACAUUAUUGUUGCAUCAAAAUCCACCAUCGACACCCUACCGGGCUUUUCCGGUGAACUCCCCUUUAAACUUGAAACCGGGUAUGUGGGGGUGGGCGAUUUGGAUGAUGUGCAGCUAUUUUAUUACUUCAUUGAGUCGGAGAGGAGUCCCAAGGAAGACCCCCUGGUGCUUUGGCUCACCGGAGGUCCCGGUUGCUCCGGUUUUUCUGGCCUUGCAUACCAAAUAGGUCCAAUAAUGUUCAACUACGCAAAUUCUAGUGGGAACGAACCAACACUUGUGUUGAAUCCAUACUCAUGGACAAAGGUUGCCAACAUAAUAUUUUUGGAUCAACCAGUUGGUAGUGGAUUCUCCUAUGCAAAAAGUUGGCAAGGAUACGAGACCGGUGAUAUAUCAUCCGCAGCUCAUACCUAUGAAUUUCUAAGGAAGUGGCUUAAAGAUCAUCCUGAAUUUCUGAAAAAUCCACUGUACAUUGCUGGUGAUUCAUAUUCAGGCAUAACUGUCCCCAUCGUUGUUCAGGAAGUGUCCAACGGCAAUGAAGUCGGGCAUGAACCACCAUUGAAUCUCAAAGGUUAUGUGCUAGGCAACCCAUUUACAGAACCAACAUAUGACGUGAAUUCACGAAUUAAAUUUGCUCACCACAUGGCACUUAUUUCCGAUACACUCUAUGAGUCAACUAAAACAAAUUGCAAGGGCGAGUAUGUUCAAGUAGAUCCGAGCAAUGCACCUUGUGUGGAAAACCUCCAAGAAGUCACUGAGUGCACCCAGAAGAUAUAUUAUAACCAAAUAUUGGAGCCAAAGUGUAGCACUAUGUCUCCAAACCCAAAAAUAUUCAAAUGGGAUCAAAACUUCGAUGGCGAGAACUUCUUAGACAUGCUACAUCAUUCUACAAAACCGUGGUGUCGUCCUUAUAACUAUCUGUUCUCCUUCAUUUGGGCUAAUGAUAAAACAGUCCAAAAUGCUCUUCACGUUCGAGAGGGAACAAUAAAGGGUUGGGAAAAAUGCAAUCAGAGCUUAUCUAGCAAUUAUGCACAUGAUGUUAGAACUAGUAUUGACUAUCAUCGAAACCUCACCAAGAAAAACCUUAGAGCACUGGUUUACAGUGGUGAUCAUGACAUGCUUAUUCCAUACGUGGGCACUCAAGAAUGGAUAAAAUCUCUAAAUUUGAGUGUUGAUUAUCAAUGGAGACCAUGGUUUGUUAAUGGCCAAGUUGCAGGGUACACCAAUGCACAUACAAAGAAAACCUACAGUUUGACAUUUGUGACUGUAAAGGGAGGUGGCCACACAGCUCCAGAAUUCAAGCCUAUGGAAUGUCAUGCCAUGAUUGAUAGGUGGUUUGCAUAUUACUAUGUUUAGUCAGCUCCAGAAUUCAAGUCUUGGAUGUUGCAGCUGGUACUGCUUUGGUGAAUAGAUUUCAAGAAUAUUGCCAAUUGGAUAUGUAACUGUAUAAUGUCACUUUUGUGUACACACAAGUUCUUGAUGUUUUAUCUGUAGUACGACGGAUGAUCCAGCAAAUUUUUAGUAUAAACUUUAGUGCAAAUUUGUAUUGAAAAUUUGUCUAUUUGAGUCUUCUCUUGUAAGAAUAUUUUUAGUUUACGCAAAGAAAUUUGUAAGACUAUUGUCACUUGGAUGUCAA